GAACUAUGGCCGAUAGAAUAAGAGAUAGGCGAAGAAACGCAGCACAGGUGGCAGAAAGAGCGUUAGAAGAAAUUAGACGUGAUGGUGCCUUUGAUUAUGAUCCCAACUUUGAAUACAUCAUUGAGGAUGACACCAACGGUUUUAAUGAGAAUGAUGAUCCAGUUUAUGAACAACAACAACAGCGGAGACCACGGAAUUUCAAGUAAAAUCCAAGUGAUCUUGAAAAGUGUUGCGAUUGUUAUCAUACACUCGUUAUCAAUGCUGAUUUACCAUCUUUUUUCUGUUAUAGGAACAUGGUUUUACUCGAGGAAUUCGAUGAACCUUCAGAGUAAGUGAAUGAUAUCUUCUUGGAUCCAAUCACGUCCACAUAUUCUCGAACAAUCAACACAAUUCUUUCACUAUUAUAUCAUCAUUAGGCUCUAACAGUACUGCUGAUUCGAGAGGUGAAACUUAUUCAAUGACCAUCAACGGACGUUU